GUUUUACAAUACACGUUAAAAGCCAACACCUUUUUAAUCAACGUGUUAAUCGCUCAACAGAGGCACUCCUUUAUUUUGACGCGUUCGGCAUUUGUUUCCGGGUGAAGAGGACAGGAAAGAGACUGCCAGACCUGCCGUACGGUGAUGGACAUGGCAGCCAAUGGAGCGAGCUGCGAACAGCCUCAGAAACGCACAGGACCUAAAGACAAACAGAACGGCAAGUCUGCAGACUCGUCGGUAAGAGACAGGCGGCAGAAAGAUAAGGAAGAGCGGCUGUCCCUGGUGUUAUGGAAGAGACCUGUCACCACUCUACAUUACUUUCUCCUGGAGACCCUCAUUAAACUAAAGGAGUGGACGUUUAAACUAUGGCAGCGACGUGGCGCAGUAUUUUUAUUUUUGGUGUUAUGUUCUGUUUUCUCCAUCGCAUACUCCACUGAGGGCGCACACCAACAUUAUGUGGAGUACCUGGAGAAGAAGCUUGUAUGGUGUGCCUACUGGGUAGGUCUUGGGAUUCUGUCCUCUGUGGGCCUUGGGACUGGUCUGCACACUUUUCUCCUCUAUCUGGGUCCCCACAUAGCGUCAGUAACUCUGGCGGCGUACGAGUGCGGCUCCACAAACUUCCCAGAGCCGCCAUACCCCGACCAGAUCGUCUGUCCCCAGGAGGAGGGGCUCGAAGGCGCCAUCUCCCUCUUCUCAAUCAUGUCCAAGGUUCGCCUGGAGGCCUGCAUGUGGGGUGCUGGCACCGCCAUCGGAGAGCUGCCUCCGUAUUUCAUGGCCAGAGCGGCCCGGCAGUCGGGAGCCGAUCCGGACGACGAAGACUACGAAGAAUUCGAGGAGAUGCUCGAGCAGGCCGAGGGUGCACAGGAUUUUGUCACAAGAGCCAAACUGGGAGUCCAACAUAUGGUGCAGAAAGUGGGUUUCUUUGGCAUCUUGGCCUGCGCCUCAAUUCCCAAUCCCCUGUUCGACCUGGCGGGAAUCACCUGUGGUCACUUCCUCGUCCCCUUCUGGACCUUCUUUGGUGCAACUCUAAUCGGGAAAGCCAUCAUCAAGAUGCACAUACAGAAACUGUUUGUUAUCAUCACUUUCAGCAAGCACAUAGUGGAACAAAUGGUGGCGCUCAUCGGGUCCGUGCCCAAGCUGGGCCCAUCACUCCAGAAGCCCUUCAGUCAGUACCUGGAAGCACAAAGGAACAAGCUGCACCACGCUGGAGGGAGCGCGCCGGCAGACGAGAACUGGCUGUCGUGGGUGUUUGAGAAGGUGGUGCUGGUCAUGGUGGCCUACUUCGUCAUCUCCAUCGUCAACUCCAUGGCGCAGAGCUACGCCAAGCGGCUGCAGCAGCUGCGGCACUCCGAGGAGAAGACCAAGUGAUGGAAGGCGAAGACCGAGCGGUGCAGACAUCCAAGAGACUGAGUUUCUGCUGCUGCAGCUGCCGGCGGCCUCCCACUCGGCCCCGGCCUCUCACCACUUAACUGCAAACCUCACCCUCUCAUCCAUUUUCAAGAGGCUGAACACUUAAAAAGUUAGAAAGGAAAAAAGCAAGUACAGGCAUUAUUUGUGGGUGUGUGGGAGCUUCGUUUGAGGAUGUAUGUGCCGUUUCCUGUUCUCCCGUCUUCAGGUUUUUGUAGUUCUUCCUCUCAUCUCACUCUGUUUUUUUGUGUGUGUGUGUGUGUGUGUGUAGCGCGAUUGGUCCUGCUGCUGAUCUUAACAUGUUACUUUUUUUUUUAAAAUGUUAAAUUUAACCCAUUCAUUGACCUCAGAAGUAAAGCAGCAACUUUGACGUUGAAGUGCUGUGUCAGGGCAGUGCCCAUCAGAUGCUAUGCCUUAUGCAAGACGGGAAGCCCCGACUUCCCUUGAACACAGCUCCUGACUCGUGGACUCGGUUUCUAUUUAAUUUUGUAACAUUGACGUCUGGACUGGAUGUUGAUUUCUCUGUGCUGCCAGGCUCACUGCUGCAGAUGGCGUUUCUUUUCAGGGUUUCUUUUUCCUUUUUAACAGCGAGACCAACUCGUCUUCUUUUUGUUCCUGGACUUGUCAGUUUAAAGUAACGAAGAGGAAAAAAAAAAAAGCAAUAUCAACUUAAAACAGUGUGGUAUUGACGGUUUGCACAUUGUGUAAAUAUCUUAAUAUCUUUUUGCUCAGAUGUAUUUCUAUCCUACUGGUCUGUGUGGACAUGAGUCAACUCCAACCAAAACACAAAAGAGAAGGUGAAUAUCAUUUGUAAAGUGACAUUGUACUCUCAGCUAACUAGUCUCAUUUCUAUUCUGUACAUUUAGGUUGAACCUUGAAUCGGAUCAUAUAUAAAACAUGGAAAUCAUG